AUGUCUGAAGAAGUGACCUACGCGACACUCACACUUCAGAAUUCCGUCGGAGAAGGAAAUAACCGGGAUAGAAAUAACCUCAGGAAAAAAGGGCAUCCAGCUCUAUCCCACACAUGGCGUUGGACAGCCCUGAGUCUGCUAUCCCUCUGUUUGUUGCUGCUGAUUGGGCUGGUGACCUUGGGGAUUAUGUUUUUGCAGACCUCUAAUGAAAUUAACUCAGAUUCAGAAAAAUUGAGUCAACUUCAGAAAACCAUCCACCAACAGCAAGAUAAUUUAUCCCAGCAACUGAGCAAGGACAUGAACUUUCCUAUGGAGGAAGAAUUGCUCAAAUUACAGAUCUCCAAUCUAUUGAAGAAGCAGAGACAAAUGGCCAUCAAACUCUGUCAAGAGCUAAUCAUUCACACUUCAGACCACAAAUGUAAUCCUUGUCCGAAGAUGUGGCAAUGGCACCAAGACAGCUGCUAUUAUUUUGCAACACAUGAAGAGAAAACCUGGAUUAACAGUAGAAAAAACUGCAUGGACAGGAACUCCACCUUGGUGAAGAUAGACAGCUUAGAAGAAAAGGAUUUUCUGAAGUCACAACCAUUACUUGAGUUUUCUUUCUUCUGGUUGGGGUUAUCAUGGGAUUUGUCCGGCAGAAGUUGGCUAUGGGAAGAUGGCUCUAUUCCCUCUCCAUCCUUAUUUAGUACUAUAGAAUAUGCCCAGAUCAAUGGAUCCAAAGGAUGUGCCUAUUUUCACAAAGGACAUACUUACAUUUCCCGCUGCAGUGCUGAAAUUUCUUGGAUUUGUGAGAAGACAGCUGCAUUAGUGAACAUGGAAGAUUUGGAUUAA